CGUUGCCUUGCGGCCCAGGUCUCCACGCGGACUCCAGCUUCCAGGAUGCGCCUCGCAGCCCUUUGGAGGCGGCGGCGGCGGCAGGGGGCCGUCGCUUCCUUUCUCCCGGCCAUUGUAAGCCGGGCUGGAGGGCGGCAGGCGUUGUGGUGGUGGCGACGGCGGGGCAGGAGGAGGGAAUGAGCGAGGAGGAGGCGGAGGAGCCUUGCGGGAGCGCGAGGAGCUGCGGCAGCUUCCCCAGUAUAGAGCAAAUGCUGGCGUCUAACCCCGGCAAGACCCCUAUCAGCCUGCUGCAGGAGUAUGGGACACGCAUAGGCAAAACGCCCGUCUACGACCUACUGAAAGCUGAGGGUCAAGCACAUCAGCCCAACUUCACUUUUCGCGUCACUGUUGGCGACAUCAGCUGCACCGGCCAAGGCCCUAGCAAAAAAGCAGCCAAACACAAGGCGGCCGAGGUGGCACUCAGGCUUCUGAAAGGAGGAAACAUGUUGGAGCCAGCGGCACUGGAAGAAAACAGCUCUCCUUUCUCUCUAGAGCCCUUGGCUCAGGCUGCCGCCGCCGCCGCUGCCACCACAACCACGCCAGUUGCCUCACCUGUACCCAUCCUGCCAGUUGUAUCUCCCAGAAGCUCCCCCAUGGACAUGAAGUCCCCAGUGUCACCGCAGCAGUCGGAGUGCAACCCGGUUGGGGCCCUGCAGGAGCUGGUGGUGCAGAAGGGCUGGCGGCUCCCCGAAUACACAGUCACUCAGGAGUCAGGCCCAGCGCAUCGCAAGGAAUUCACCAUGACCUGCCGCGUCGAAAGGUUCAUUGAAAUAGGCAGCGGCACCUCCAAAAAACUGGCCAAGCGCAAUGCCGCAGCAAAGAUGCUGGUGCGGAUCCAUAACGUGCCCCUGGACCCUCGAGAGGGGAGUGAGGCUGAAGUGGAGGAGGACCAGUUUUCUGUUAUUGCAGGAAACAAACUGGACGGGGUGAAGGGCCGGGGGGCCGGCUGCACCUGGGAUUCCCUGCGCAACUCAGUGGGAGAGAAGAUUCUGCACCUCAAAAGCCACCCCCUGGCGGUGCUCAACGCCUGCUUUUGCAGCCUCUUGCAGGAGCUCUCUGAAGAGCAGAGCUUUGACAUCAGCUACCUCGAUAUUGAUGAGAUGAGCUUGAGCGGCCUGUACCAGUGCCUGGUGGAGCUCUCUACCCAGCCGACCACGGUGUGCCACGGCUCAGCCACUUCCCGCCACGCUGCCCGUGCUGCUGCUGCCCACAAUGCCCUUCAAUACCUCAAAAUCAUGGCUGGGGGCAAGUGAGGUGCCCCGAUGAGACCGAUGAGGACUCUGAGCCACGGAAGAUUCCCAAACAGCUUUGUCUCCAUCUUCCUGCCGGCGACGGAGGCAGCUUCAUUUCCUCCGCUCAUGAAUUGGUGGGGCUGGGGUGGGGGGGAACUUGCAGGAGCUGCAAGAGAGCCCCCCCGAUGGUCGUUGAGGUGGAGAUGGGUUGUUAUUUCAAACCGGAAUCAAGACUUGAAGAGGGUGGUGCUGUGCCUGCAGCAGAGGCAAGGCUUGCGGAGGCUUGUAGCCCUGAGUGCCAGGGGCUGGGACAGUCCCUCUGGAGGUCAUGGCAGUCCUGCCGGUCCGUGGUUCCCCUGAUGCCCUCCCGAUGCUUUUCGUUGUGGGCAGACCAGCACUGACUACUUCUGUCGUGGCUGGGGGUUGCAAUAAACCGGAUUUUUGGAA